AUGGAUGAAUUUAAUGAAAGGAUGUCGAAGAUUGAAGAGAUAGACCCUCAUGUUAAAUCAUACCUCUAUGAUAUUGGCUAUCAUAGAUGGUCAAGAGUACAUGCAGCGGUGAAUAAAACUUGGACUAUGACAUCAAACAUCGCAGAGUCGUUGAAUGCUGUAACAAAAUAUGCAAGAGAGCUGCCUAUAUUUGACCUAUUAGAGUAUAUGAGGACACUUCUUGAACGUUGGACGAAAGAAAAGUUGUUGAAGGCAAAGGGUACUUUCACAUACCUUGGGUACAAAUUCAACAAAGAAUUGGAGAAAAGCAGUACAUCAUCUCAGAAACUUAGGGUGAGGGCUUCAACAAAUCUUAUCUAUACUGUGAUAGAUGGUGUGAAGUGGUACAUUGUGUGUCUUGAAAAUAAGAAAUGUACUUGUGGCCAGUUCCAACUUAAUGAACUUCCAUGUGCGCAUGCUUUGGCAGCUUUAAGGGACAAGAAUGAAGGAUAUGAAAAUUAUUGCUCGCCGUAUUACACAAGGGAGAGCCUACUCCGUACAUAUGAAAUACCAGUAAAUCCACUUCCUGAUGAAAGCAAAUGGAAUGUGCCACAACAUAUAUCUUAUGAAGUAGUAAAACCACCUACGGGAGAGAAAAAACAGCCAGGAAGACCUCAAAAGGAAAGAUACAAAACAUAUGAUGAACUAAAGUCAAAGAAGUACAAGGUGUCAUGUGAAAACUGUGGAGGUGAAGGGCAUAACAAAAGAUCUUGCAAGAAUGCACCCAAAAAAAAAAUAUCAUGUAGUUAG